UGAACAAUUUGGGCCGCGGGUUUUAACUUUUUCGCAUUCCUGUGUAGGAGUACUACGUCCCAGAAGCAGAGGCGUUAUCCCAGCCGUGCCGGAUACAGUGCAAGGUGAUCCCCGUUAGACACAGAGGCGCUAUCCUCGCUAUUAUGAAGACGAAGGCCGUGCUCGAUAUGAUGCAAGGCAUGUUGGUACAUCUAUCCCCUUUUUAAGCAGAGGCGCUAUCCGCGCUAGUAUGGCGACGAAGGCCGUGCUCGAUAUACUGCAAGGCAUGCUGGUGUCGUUCGGCACGAGCAUGGCGACGGCGACGAGGGAGGAGCAGCGCUCGUGGUGGCGGGAAGACGCGGCGUGGAGAGCGGACGACCUGGACUGGCGCGGAGAGGAGAAGGCGGUCUACGAGGCGGAGAGUGACUGCAGACAGCGACUGCGAAAGUGGCAUCAGGAGGAUAUUGACCAGAUGAACCUGGAAAACUCAAGGGUAUUAUGGCUCAGGUUCUUGGAGAAGAAUCGGCGCGACGUGGAGGAGAAGACGGAGCAGCUGAAGGCCAUCUCCAGCAUCUCCGCUCUCUUUGGCCUCUGUGCUACCGUCACGCUGACUCAGCUCAGCCUGGACAAGGAGGGCGAGCCCUCCGCACCCACUGUAUGGUGAUGCAUGCUCUAUGUCAAGCGCCCCCUACUGUACUGCAAUCUAUUUCCAUUCUCUCCGCUCUCUUUGGCCUCUGCACUACAGUCACACUCACCCAGCUCAGCCUGGACAACGAGGGCGAGCCCUCCAUGCCCACUGUACAGUGAUUUAUUUCCAGCGCCUCUGCUCUCUUUCGCCUCUGCGCUACAGUCACGCUCACCCAGCUCAACGAGGGCGAGUCCACCGCACCCACUGUACUGUCAUGCAUGCUCUAUGUCCAGCGUCCCCUACUUUACUGCGAUCUACAUCCAGCAUCUCUGCUCUCUUUGGCCUCUGCGCUACUGUCACGCUCACCCAGCUCAACCUGGACAACGAGGGUGAGCCCUCCACACCCACUGUACUGACAUGCGCGUUUACCAACUGCUGUCAAUAGAAUGCAAUUGCCAUGUGCGAGUCUCCAUGCGAAUCGUCGGCUGCCUUUUUGGGAGCUUCAGAUGGGUGUGCUGAUGCAUGUGUGUGCGUGUGCAUCUGUAUGUGCAUUUUUCCCCUUUUCUGCAGGGCUUGAUUGCUCUAUACGCACUCACAACAGCUCUCGUGGAGGGCCUGAUGGUUGUCUCCAUGGUCACCUGCGCGCUGCUUCUAGGAAUCAUCCUGAAAAUCGGCAAGACCUUUGUGAGCGAGCGGGAGGAGCAGGAUUUUAUGGCAGCGUGCCUUCGAUUCUGUGCGUUAUAUCAACGAGGCGACCGCCCUCCCCAACCUCGCAAAUCCUUUGAAGCCUUUUGGGCGGCCAGGUGCGAGGGGAGCUGGCAACUUGCCUUCCAAUGUUGCUGCUUGGGUGUGACCGCUUUUCUUAUCAGCAUGAUUGCUGUAGGGUGGAUUGUUUUUAUCCCACAUGAGAUAACUCAAGUGUCUUUUGGCAUUGCUGUUGCAUUAGCCGUGUGCCUCUGGUCAUAUGUUCAGUGGGCAUGGGGAGCAUACUGGCGAAGCAGUAGACAAGCUAGUGAAAAUGGUGGUGUACAAUAUUCAAGAUCGGCGUCCUUGUCAUCUAGAGCAUUAUUCUUAGCAUCUUCACGUAGAAGCCUGCCCGCAGCUAGUGCUCAGCCUCCUGGGGGGUUUGCAGGGUUACCAUUUGAUUGGCAUACUGCUCCUCACCACCUACCAAUAUAGGAAAUCUUGAGUAUCUUGUUGGGAUAUAAUCGCACAUCUAGGCACGAGCCAUUGGGGUCUUGAGUUGCAACCCAUUCACGCGAGUUUUUUUUGUCGAGUACAA